GUGCAGCUUUCCAGGCGUGAUCCGAGCUGCUGCCGACGCCGGGCGGGGAAGGCGCCGCGCUUUUGCUCCCCUCCCUGCAAGAAGGGCCGCUCGACCUCUUUCCCUUCCUUCCUCCCUCCUUGCUUAGAAACCCGGGACUGUCUUCCUUCCUUCCCCCCCUCCCCGGCGGAGCUUGCAGAAGAAGCGUCUCUUUCUCAAGGUUCUAGUCCGCCGCGGCCACCCUUGCAGCCCGCCGGGGCCGUCUGAACGGCGCCGGCUUUUUUUGCACCGAUUUUUUGAGCCGGGGGCGCCUUUGCUUGCAGGGCGCGGGUGGGAGGGGGGGCAGACCGGCUUCGCGAGGCGUGCCGUCCGCAGUUCUCUCGCUUCUGGGAAACCACCAUGGACAGAAAACAAGAUCCCAAGAGACCAGUGAAAAAAUGGAAGAAGCCAAGACCUCCGAACUUGACGAUUCCGACAGCCAACAGACAGCCCUCAGUUCCCCCUACGCCUCCGAGGAACUUGGAUUCCAGGACUUUUAUUACCAUCGGUGAAAGGAACUUUGAAGUUGAGGCCGAUGACUUGGUGAGCAUUCAGGAGCUCGGGCGUGGCGCUUACGGUGUGGUGGAGAAAGUCUGGCAUGAACAGAGCGGUACCACCAUGGCUGUGAAGAGGAUCCGGGCCACUGUGAACACGCAGGAACAGAAGAGACUGUUGAUGGAUUUGGACAUCUCUAUGAGGACAGUCGAUUGCUUCUAUACUGUCACUUUCUACGGUGCCCUUUUUCGAGAGGGAGACGUGUGGAUCUGCAUGGAGCUGAUGGACACAUCUCUGGAUAAGUUCUACAAAAAGGUCCUGGAGAAGAAGAAAACGAUCCCUGAAGACAUACUGGGGAAAAUUGCUGUGUCUAUCAUCCGAGCCUUGGAGCAUCUGCACAGCAAACUGGCGGUGAUUCACAGAGAUGUGAAGCCAUCCAACGUCCUGAUCAACAAAGAAGGGCACGUGAAGAUGUGUGACUUCGGCAUCAGCGGCUACUUGGUGGAUUCCGUCGCAAAGACAUUAGAUGCUGGCUGCAAACCUUAUAUGGCCCCAGAGAGGAUAAACCCAGGGCCAGACGUGAUCCAAAAGGGAUAUAACGUGAAAUCAGAUGUUUGGAGCUUUGGGAUUACCUUGAUCGAGUUGGCCAUCCUCCGCUUCCCUUACGACUCCUGGAGGACGCCCUUCCAGCAACUGAAACAAGUGGUGGAGGAACCUUCUCCCCAGCUUCCCUCCGAUCGCUUCUCAAAGGACUUUGUGGACUUCACGGCACAGUGUUUGAAGAAGAACCCUGCGGAACGAAUGAGCUACCUGGAGCUGAUGGCCCACCUAUUCUUCACCUUGCAUGACACCAAAGCGACCAACAUGGCUGACUUUGUGGUAGAAAUCCUCGGGGAAGACUCCUAAAUUUGCCGCAGCCCUCGCUGUCAAGCAAAGGAAACAGCUCGGCGGUGUUCCUGGCUGUCCCCGUGGAGGGAGAGAAGGAAAUACGGACUUUAGCAUUAAAUGGUGGUUUGCACAAAACAGAA